AUGGGCUCCCCAUCCUACUUCCCUGCGCGCUCUGUGCUGUUCCGGAAGGAAACGAGUGGAGUGACAUAUCGUGUCCCAGCUUUGAUCUUCCUGCCGCGCUCCUCCUGCUUCCUGGCCUUCUGUGAAGAGAGGCUGAGCCCCGCAGACUCCCAGGCCCACCUCCUCGUCAUGCGCAAAGGCACCUUCUACAGGAACUACGUGGAGUGGGAAGACAUGCGAGUCCUGAGCACAGCCUGUCUGAAAGGCCAUCGCUCGAUGAACCCGUGUCCCGUCUAUGACGCGUUCACAGGAACGCUCUUCCUCUUCUUCAUCGCUGUCCUGGGUCACACCAGCGAGUCGUACCAGCUGGUGACGGGCAAGAACGUGACCAGGCUCUGCUACGUGUUCAGUGAUGACCAUGGAGAAACCUGGAGUCCUGCUGUUGACCUCACUCAGAAAGUCAUAGGGGACACCAUCAAAGAGUGGGCUACUUUUGCUCUUGGUCCAGGCCAUGGGAUCCAGCUGAAGUCUGGCCGUCUGCUUAUCCCAGCCUACACCUACCACAUCGACUGCAAAGAGUGCUUCAACAAGGUGUGCACAACCACGCCCCACUCCUUCUGUUUCCACAGCGACACGCAUGGGAGAGUGUGGCGCUUUGGGGAGGUGGUCCCAGGGCCUGAGUGCGUGGAGUGUCAGAUGGUGUCCGUGGACGAGGAGGAUGGGACCAACAUACUCUACUGUAAUGCCCGCAGUACUCUAGGAUGCCGUGUGCAGGCCUUGAGUUUCGACGAUGGAGCUGUGUUCCAGGAAGGCCAACUGGUCCAAAAGCUUGUGGAGCCCAGAAAUGGUUGCCAUGGCAGUGUGGUUGGCUUUCCGGCCCCCUUGCUUCUCCUACAGAACUCCCCCAAGCUUCUCAGGCGGAUAACGUCCGCAGUUGGCCCACCUUCGGCUACUUCUGUUUCCAUAAAAAAACCCUCCCAGAACUUUCUGACACCUACGUGGGUGGUAUAUGCGCACCCGACCGGUCCUGGUCGACGUGAUCUGGGUUUGUAUCUCAACAUCCGGCCCCGGGAACCAGACAGCUGGACAGGGCCAUGGGUCAUCUACGAGGGGCCCAGUGCCUACUCGGACCUGGCCUACCUAGAGCUCCAGUCUGAUGGGACCCCACCGGUCAUUGCGUUCGCCUGCUUGUUUGAGAACGGCACAAGGACGGCCUGCGAUGAGAUUUCCUUCUGCAUUUUCACCUUGUUCGAGCUCAUUGACAACAUUCCUCGCAACAAACCACACCUGAGUGGUGUGACCUCCAAAAAUAGGACCAGGAAGAAGAGGAGGAGAAUGUGUGAGUUCUGCAGGGUGUGCUAA